AUGGCAGUAUCCGAAGAGAAGACGACGCCAAAGUCCACACACGUAUCAGAUCCCGCCCUCGCGCCUUUCCUCGCCCCGCAAUUCGACCCCGCACAGUACCUCAAUGCCACCCUGCCCUCGCUCUCGCUAGGCUCAAGGCCAAAGACGGCCAAUGCCGCUUCCUUGGCCGACCUCUCCUCCCAGACCCAGGACCUCCUCUCCCAGCUCAAUGCGCAUACAACCCGCCUCUCGGCAAUACUGACCCAACUGACCGAUGACAUACUGCGGAGCGGCGGGCGACUGGCCUACGAGGUCGAGGUGUUGCGCGGAGAGGCAAUAGGACUUACAGAGAGCUUGACAGAUGGCCUGAAGGACGACGUGGAAAAGUUCCUGCCUGGCGGGCUCAAGUUAAAAGCAGAGUCAGCAGAUGGCGCGACUGGAAGCCCGACAGCAGAUGCGCCUGCUGAAGCGCUGCCAGAGCCGGCGCCAGCAGAAGACCAAGACAACACGCCUGAGUACAUUUCCGACCUCCGCACCCUCACCACCGUUCGCUCGCGUCUUGAGAAUGUCAUCAAGGUCUUUGGCGAAGCCAUGCACUGGACCAUACCUCCUACCGAGGUCUCGCUAGGAGCCUCUCUCAUCAGCGUCUCUGCCCCAGAGCCUGGCACCGACAGCGCCUCACGCGAACAAAAAGGCAAAGAGUUUGCCGCUUCGCUGCGCUCCGAGAUUGCCGACCUCAUCACCGGCGACCCAGACGGCGGCAUCCAAAAAGCAGAGAUACGGAUACAAGCGCUGAGAGACUUGGCCCGGGUUUGGAAGGGCACAGCAGAGGAAAAGGCAAGGACAAAGUUCGUCGAAGGCCUAGUCAAGCUGGCAGAGGACAAGCAACGAGAACUCGACAGGGAGAGGGAACGGACCAAGGAUCGAGGGCAGCAGAAGCCGGCUCAGAGCAGCGCGCCAAAGCCACAGCCGCAGCCACAAAGAACCGGUGGGUUCCUGGAGAAUCUUCAAAGAAUACGAGGCUUUGUUGAAUAA